AUGUCUGCAACCGAAGGCAAUAUCUCUUGGAGAUUAUCUCAUGUGUUACUCAAUAAUAAAAACUAUGUUCUUUGGUCCCAAAUAGUAGCCUUGGCUAUUGGUGGAAAGAAGAAAAUCUUAGAAAAUAUUCUAGAGUCCAUUACUGAAAAAAAGAGUCCUGGGGUGACAAACGUUGAUGUACUAGUGAGGAAUGUCCAGGAAGUUAUUGCUGGGAAGAAAUAUUUGAUAGUAUUGGAUGAUGUCUGGAAUGACAAUGCGGAAGACUGGGAUAAACUUAUGAGUUUUUUAAGCGUGGGUGCUCCGGGGAGCAAAAUCUUAGUAACUACUCGUAGUGAGCAUGUUGCAGCUAUUGUUAGAGGUGCAAUUCCACCGUACAGUUUAACAGCCUUAUCAGAUCAAGAUUUCUGGUCGAUUAUCAAGAACAAGGCAUUUUCGCCUGGUGGAGCACUGGAGACUGAAACUUUGACAAAAAUUGAAGAGGAGAUUGCAACAAGAUGUUCGGGCUUACCAAUUGCAGCUAAUUUUCUUGGAAGUCUGAUGCGCUUGAAACGUAAGGAGUCUGACUGGUUAGCCAUCCGAGACAAUGGAUUUCUUCAUCAAUCUAAUGAAGGAGGAUACCAAAAAUCACUAGAAGAUAUUGGUAACGAUCAUUUCCAUCGUUUGUUGUCGAAUUCUUUCUUUCAAGAUGUAAAAAAGGAUAAGCUAGGCGACAUAGAGAAAGUCAAAAUGCAUGAUUUGGUUCAUGAUCUUGCAUUAAGUGUCGUUGGGAGUCAUGAAGCCAUGACUCUGAAUGCACGUGAAAUGAAGAAGCAUGCAUCUGAUAUUCGUCGUGUACAACUAGUUCUCGACCAGACAGCAUCGCCUAAUGUCUUGAAUAGUGCAGAAAAGUUGCGCACACUGUUUUGCAGAGAAGAAGAUGAAUUACGGCUGGGUCCAAUUAGCAACAAGCGUUUACGAGUAAUAUUUUCUCUCGGUCAUAACAGUCUAGAAAUUCCAUCCACCCCAUUUAAGUUCAAGCACUUGAGGUACCUUGAGAUCAUCUCUCUCACAACUCCAAAUGUUCAUCUUUCUUCCAUCAGUCAACUCUACAAUCUGCAGGUUAUGAACCUCCGUGGAUGCGAAGAUGUCCAGAAAAUACUCAAAGAACUUGGGUCUUUGAUUAAUUUACGUCAUCUUAAUCUCUCUGAAUCGGACGUGGAAGUGAUACCUGGUUCCAUCCUCAGGCUCACCAAUUUGCAGACUUUAUAUAUGGGAAGUUGUGAAUAUUUAAAAGCCUUGCCAGUAAACAUCGGAUCUCUCCAACAAUUGUCAGUUCUUGAUGUUUCCGGAACAUCUACGGAAGACUUGCCCGAUUCAGUCACGAGCAUCUACAAUUUAAGGAGAUUGGAAUUCCACAAUUGCGAGAGCCUAAAAUCGUUACCCCAUAACCUUGGAGCGCUCACAAUUAAGGUUACUUGA